AUGCAAAGAACUGCAGAGAAUGCAAUCACCGGGAGGAUGCGAUGGCUAGAUGGGACAUUCCCGCCACAUGUGCCUUGCAUCGGGAGGAUGAGGGAAGGCCGAUCUGGCAUCGGCGCCAACGAGCAGAGCAUGAAUGAGGUAGAAAGGAAGCGAGAGGCAAUCUGGGCUUGGGGCCUGGGCCUGGGCCGGUGCCGGGGACGGGGAGAACUUUCUGGCCUGGGAGCAGCCACACGGGACGAAAGGGAGCAAUAUAAUGGGCGUGGACGCGAGGAAACGUUGAAGAAACGCUGA